AUGUUAUUCUUAAUUGUACUUUCGAUUGCCGCAGUUAUUCUGUAUAGGAAAUUGAAAUCCAAAUACCGAUUAUUAGAUGAACUUAAUAUAAACCACCCUAAGCCUGUACCUUUAUUUGGAAAUGUUGGUGAAUUUAAAGACAAAUGUCCACUUGAUGUAUUUAAAGCAUGGAGAAACGUAUAUGGCAAAGUUUUUGGAUUUUAUGAAGGUUUGCGGCCCAGUAUUGUAGUAUGUGAUCCUGUACUUAUUCAACAAAUUUUGGUCAAACAAUUUGACAAAUUUCAGAGCAGACCACUAUGUACACCGUUCCAGAACAGGUAUGAAGAAUUGGGUAUAUUAAAUACUCACGGUGAAUUAUGGAAACAGCAAAGACAUGUUGUAGCUACCUGUUUCAAUACAACAUCCAUGAAUCAGAUGAUCCAAAAGAUGAUUUUCAAAUCAAACAACCUUGUUGAAAAACUCGGCAAGGAAUCAACCGCCUCGCCUGAUGGUUUUGAGAUCGCAGAAUUACUGGAUAGACAUAUGCUAGAUAUAUUCGCCUACUCUGCCUUUGAUUACGACAGUGACAGUUUGAAUAAUACCGAAGAGAUCAUGUAUAAAUAUAUGGUGGAAUUCAGUAAAGUUGCUAACACUGAAAACCCUGUACCUGGUAUUGCUAGAUUGUUUCCAGCGCUCACACCAUUAUGUCAAUAUCUUGCUGGUGGUAAAUUCCGAGAUGCUCACGAAACACAACUUAAGCAAUUAACCCAGUUAGUGGAAAAAGAACGUACAGAGUUACUUAACGAUGAAUCCAAUGAAAAACCAAAUAUUAUCAGAAAACUGUUGAGGACCACAGCGUCUUGUAAAGAUGAAAACAAUAACACAUGUAAAAGAUAUCUGUCAAAUGAAGAAGUGCUGGCACAACUAACAUCAAUGGUUACUGGAGGUCUUGACGCAGCAGCUGCGGUAACUUCAUUCCUGGUAUACUGUCUGGCUAUGUAUCCAGAUAUUCAGCACAAAGUCCAGGAUGAAAUGAAAGAAGUUUUUCAGAAUGAUGACGAAAUCACAUUGGACAAGCUCUCCAGUUUACCUUAUCUUGAUAUGGUACUCAAUGAGACACAAAGGUUUUAUCCUGUAACCCCGGGGGUAGCUAGAUAUUGUACUGAAGAUGUCACUAUUGAUGGUAUACAAUUCAAACAAGGAAUGCCAAUCAAAAUUAUGACCUGUGUUAUGAACCAAGACAAAGAAAUAUUUCCAGAACCAGACAAAUUUAUUCCUGAAAGAUUCUCUAAACAAGAAAGUGAAAAGCGACAUCCGAUGUCUUGGUUACCGUUUGGUGCUGGUCCUAAAAUGUGUGUUGGUGUUAAAUUAGGUUUAUUAAAAUGUAAAUUAACAGUAGUUCAGAUAUUAAGAAAUUAUCACAUAGAAACAUCAUCAGAAACAGAGAUUCCAAUUAAAACCAAGUUGCAUCCAAUAUUAGCGCCAAAAAAUGGAGUUCACAUCAAAUUAGUACCUAGAAUAUCAAAGUAUUAA